GCAAUUAAGAAGUUUAAGAAUGAGUAAGGCUUUCCUCUUCUGCAUCUUCUUCUCUGUUCUCUUUGCCAUAACUGCCGCUAUCCUUAUCGUCGUACUCCGUUUUCAUGGCCACCACCCAGUUGAUGAUGAUCUCAAUCACACGUCGCAGGAUUUCUGUGUCGCUGAUCUCAACUCAGGCAUUAAGCUGGAUGGUUUCACUUGCAAACCAUUAAGCAAAGUUGGCGAAGCAGACUUCUUCUUCUCAGGCCUUGCCUCUCCGGCCUCCACCAUCAACACCGUGGGCUCUGCCGUCACUCCCGCUGACGUCCGGCAGAUUCCAGGCCUCAACACUCUAUCCAUCUCAAUGUCUCGUGUCGACAUCGCCCCCGGCGGCCUCAACCCUCCCCACAUCCAUCCCCGCGCCACCGAGAUUCUUUUCAUCAUCGACGGUGAACUCAUCCUCGGCUUCUUAACCACAUCAAAUAAGCUCAUUACUAAGAAUGUGUCUAAAGGUGAGACCUUUGUGUUCCCCCAAGGGCUCCUCCACUUUGAAUUCAAUAAUGCUGGCUCGCCGGCAGCUGCGAUAUCGGCUUUCGACAGCCAGCUUCCGGGAACGCAGUACGUGGCGGCGACACUGUUUGGAGCGGUGCCGGCUGUGCCGGAGGAUGUGCUGGCGGCUGCAUUCAGGAUGGAGUCUGAGUUGGUGGAGAAGAUAAAAGCUGGGCUCUCACGCCCAAUAAUUAAUUGAGAACUGAAAACAAGCUGUUCUGGGUGAUUGGAGGAUGUUGUUUUAGGACUUGGAAACUGAUGAUUUUGCAAUGUGAUUUUUUUUUUGAAAUAUUUACAUACAUAC